AUGCGCAGUGUAUUCUACGUUGUUAUUGCCUUUGCAAUUUUAGUGAACAGCAGCGGCGUCACAGCGAUCCCGAAUCCCAUCACUGAGUCUCAACUCUUGUCGAAGGCAUCCCCUGACCCUGCGGCGAAAAGAUCUCUCCGGAACGCAGGCCAACAAGUUGUUCAGAGCCGCCCGACGGACGGGAACGGUGGAGUCUUCAAAGCUUUCAGUGGUACAAACAAACUCAUAAAGCUGCCAGACAUGAAAACAAGCAACGUUCUCGAAGCUGCCAAGAAGGUGAAAAAGUUGAAAGAGAUGGACAAGUUAAAAAAGUUGAUAUAG